AUGUAUGGCGAACUGGGUAAUAAACUGGUUCAACACGCCAAACGCACCCAGGCUUUAACCCAUCUGCCACCCUAUCAAACCGAACUCGUUCGCGCCGUCGCCCGCGAGGUCCGCGAUCUGGACCGCGAUGUUGCACGCCUGCUAACUCCCUUCGAAGGCAGCUUCAAUCCGUCCCAAGAGCCCGCUAUUGCCUGCGCCCUCCUCGUCGACCAUCUCUGUAUGCGUCGCAACAAGCGGUGUCUUCUCGCCUAUCAUCGGGUCCGCACGGAAAAACUAGAAGAGCUCUGUUGGACGGGCGUGGAUGUGCUAGAACAGCAAUUGCCCGUGGCGGAGGAGGCCAGUGCGGGAGCUGCUGCUGCCGCCGCGGCGGCAGCACAAGGCCAGGGGGCUGGCUCGGGCAUGAAUCACAGCUCGCUGAGCCCGGAGGAAGAAGAGUAUUUUCGACAAUACAGUGACCUGCUCGCCGCGUACAAGGGGCAAUGGACGGACAUUGAUCUCACUGGAAGCUUGGAGCCACCCAAAGAUUUGUUCAUCGAUGUGCGAGUCUUGAAGGAUGCAGGGGAAAUUCAGACGGAAUAUGGGGUGAUCAAUUUGACGAAAAACAGUCAGCUCUACGUACGACAAGGGGAUGUGGAACGAUUAAUUGCACAGGGCUUUCUGGAACGGUUGGGAUAG